AUGGCCGCACCUCGCCCACGCCGCAUUGUCGGCACCAGCCUCAAGAUGUACUUCGAUCUGGACCGCACCAUCUCCUACGUCAAAGGCGUCGCCGAGCUCUCGUCGCACGCGGAAGCGAACAACGUCGACCUCUUUGUCAUCCCCGACUUCGUCACCAUUCUCGAGGCCCGGCGCAUACUGCAAGACACGUCCAUCCUGCUCGGGGCCCAGGACGCCUUCUGGGAGACAAGCGGCGCGUACACUGGCGAGGUCUCGCCCUUGACGCUGCGACAAGCUGGCGUCAAGCUGGUCGAGAUGGGGCAUGCGGAGCGCAGGAGGAUAUUCGGCGAGAAUGACGAGCAGGUGGCAAGGAAGGCUGCGGCAGCGGUGGAACAUGGACACAUUCCUCUCGUCUGCAUCGGCGAGAAGACGCACGGCUCGGUUGCGUCAGCAGCCGUCGGUUUGGCUGUCGAGGAGUGCCGCCCGCAGGUCACGUCGGUGCUGGCCGCCGUGCCUGAUGACGCUGAGGUGAUCCUGGCUUACGAGCCUGUUUGGGCCAUUGGCGCGAAGGAGCCUGCUGAUGCCGACCAUGUGGUGAACGUGACGAGGGAACUUCGACGCAUGGCAAGUGGAAGGAAGGGCACGACUAGGAUAUUGUACGGCGGGAGCGCCGGCCCUGGCACCUUUGCAAAGCUUGUCGACGGUGUUGACGGGCUGUUCCUGGGCCGAUUUGCCCACGACCUGGCAAAUCUCAAACAGGUCAUUGCUGAAGUCGGACAGCCGUAA